AGGUGGAGCUGUCGCCGGUCACACUGCUGCAGGUAAGCAAGCCUCUGCCUCUGUGAGCGCCGCACCUCCCACGUCACCGCGAGCGAUCUACAGCCGAGUUCAAAGGACGAGCAGCCCUGCCCUUCAGUCUGCCACCGGAGUGGAGCUGCCUUUCCUUUAUCAGGUGUACAUUCUGCUGCCAGUCGCCCACUGCAGCCUCUGGAAACACAUUCUUCUGCUGGAGCCCCCUCAAAAACCUCUGCCAAGAUGCCCAAAACAGUCAACGUGCGCAUCACCACGAUGGACGCAGAGCUGGAGUUCUCCUUCCACCCGAACACCACCGGGAAGCAGCUCUUUGACCAGGUCACCCGGACCAUCGGGCUGCGUGAGGUCUGGUACUUCGGUCUGCAGUUCGUCGACGCUAAAGGCUUCCUCACCUGGCUGAACUACGACAAGAAGGUGAUGGCCCAGGAUGUGAAGAAGGAGACGCCGCUGCAGUUCAAGCUGAGGGUGAAGUUCUACCCGGAGGACGUGUCCGAGGAGCUGAUCCAGGACGUCACGCGCAGGCUGUUCUUCCUGCAGGGGAAGGAGGACAUCCUUGGGGAGGAGGUGUACUGCCCCCCCGAGUCCGCCGUGCUGCUGGCCUCCUACGCCGUGCAGGCCAAGUACGGAGAGCAGGACAAAUCGGCGUUUCAGCCCGGAUACCUGUCGAACGAGCGGCUGCUGGCCAAGAGAGUGCUGGAUCAACACAAGCUGACGAAGCAGCAGUGGGAGGAGAGGAUCCAGGUCUGGCACCAGGAGCACCGGUCCAUGCUCAAGGAGGAGGCGAUGAUCGAGUACCUGAAGAUCGCUCAGGAUCUGGAGAUGUUCGGCGUGAACUACUUUGAGAUCAAGAACAAGAAGGGAUCCGACCUGUGGCUCGGAGUCGACGCUCUGGGGCUCAACAUCUACGAGAAGGACGACAAGCUCACUCCAAAGAUCGGCUUCCCCUGGAGCGAAAUUAGAAACAUCUCUUUCAACGAUAAGAAAUUCAUCAUCAAGCCCAUCGACAAGAAAGCUCCUGAUUUCAUUUUCUACGCUCCCCGUCUGAGGGUCAACAAGCGCAUCCUGCAGCUGUGCAUGGGGAACCACGACCUGUACAUGCGCCGCCGCAAGACCGACACCAUCGAGGUGCAGCAGAUGAAGGCGCAGGCAAAGGAGGAGCGGAUGAGCAAAAAGCUGGAGAGGGAGCAGCUGGAGAGCGAGAAGAAGAAGAGGGAGGCCAUCGAGAGAGAGAAGGAGGACAUGGAGAAGGAGAAGCAGGCGCUCAUGCUGAAGCUGCACGAGUUCGAAGAGACCACCAAGAGAGCAGAGAGAGAGCUCCAGGAGCAGGUGGAGAGGGCCAUGAGGCUGGAGGAGGAGAGGAGGAGGGUGGAGCAGGAGGCGUCCCGGCUGGAGGCUGAGAGGAUGGAGGCCAUCAUCGCCAAGGAGGAGCUGGCCAGGCAGGCGGAGGAUCAGAUAAAGAGCCAGGAGCAGCUGGCUGCAGAUCUGGCCGAGUACAGCGCCAAGAUCGCUCUGCUGGAGGAGAUCCAGAAGGUGAAGGAGGAGGAGGCCGAGUCCUGGCACAGCAAGGCUAGGGAUAUGGAGGAGGAUUUGGAGAAGACGAAGGAGGAGCUGCACAAUGUGAGGAGCUCAGGCUCUCCUGAAGCUCCUGCAGAGGCUCAUGCUUCCUCCUCUUCAUCAUCCUCCUCCUCGGACAGCGAGAGCGACCACGAGGAGAACAACAGCGAGGAGAACAGCACCUACAGCGCCGAGCUGCAGACGCAGGAAAUCAACGACCACCGGGAGGAGGAGGAGAGGCUCACCGAGGCCGAGAAGAACGAGAGGCUGAAGAAACAGCUGCAGGCCCUGAGCUCCGAUCUGGCAGAAGCCCGGGACGACAACAAGAAGUCUCAGAACGACAUGCUUCACGCCGAGAACAAGAGGGUCGGCCGGGACAAAUACAAGACGCUGCGUCAGAUCCGCCUGGGAAACACCAAGCAGAGGAUCGACGAGUUCGAGUCCUUGUAGAAACCUCAGAGACCCCGGGAAACAUCUCAGAAAUACCUCACAAAGGUUCAGCAACGCUUCUAAUCAGAGUGUGACGACGUCUGCAGACAGGGGUGGGAUUUAAUGAGGUACGAGUACUUAAGUAAAGUACAGUUAAGAAGUACUUUACCUGAGUAUUUGUGACUUAUACUGCUCUAUACUCCUACAUUUUGGAAGACAAUGUUGUACUUUUUACUCCACUAGAUACAUAUUUUUGACAGCUGUACUUACUUAACAGAUUAUUAGCGGAGAGUGUCUGAAAUCCUGAGCUCAAUAUUCAAUAAGUUAUUCAAAUGUGUUUAAAAUUAAGCAGAAAUUUGAGUGUAAAUUACACAAAAUAUUAAGUUGAUGUAAUUUAUGAGCAUUAUUAAGGAAACACAACUCAUUAUACUGAUGUUUGCAACUCUAAAUGUUCAUUUAAACAAAUACAUUUCACUAUUUAUCUUGCAAACAUGCAUUUAAUGGUGCUGGUCGUACUGUAGGUAGAUACAUAUUGACUCAUAGCUAUAGGUUAAGAUAUGCAGCAGCAGUUUGUAAAGUCAAUACAAUUAGCUCCGUCUUUUCCAGCUGUGACGUACUUCUUCCACUACUGACUCAUUUAGGAUAUAAAUAAGUAUAAGUAUAACAUUUAUAGUACUAGUACUUCUUCCACCUCUGUCUGCAGACACACCUGGCUUACAGCUGAUCCGUGUAAGAUGAGUUUUAUUUUAACUUUGAAAACAUGUUUUUUUUAAGCACUCAAACAUCUCCGACGUGCUUCAGUCGUUAAACAUCAGCACUGAUCUGAUGUGUUCCUGAAAUACUGUACGAACAAAUGACCUAUCCUAAACGAUCAAAAACCUUAUGGUUAACUGCUUUGUAAUUACGUUAUUAUAUAAUUCACUGAAUUUAGAUUUAUUUAAUGAAUUUCCAUUCAUGCAAUCAGUGAUUUUGCAGCUAACGAUUAUUUUUAUUCAUGAUGAUUUUUGGAUGAAUUUCUCUUAGUGGUGAUGUCCAAACAGAAGUUCAAAAUAGAGAUGUGAAGAAUAAUCCAAUUGUUGUCAACUAAUAAAUUAAAAUUGAAAGUA